GAUCGCGGGCGUACGAGUUUGCGGCCUAGGUUUGGAAUUGCUCUACUUCGAACUGUUUUCCACUUACUUUUCAGAUUUCACGCCCAGUCCGCGUCAGAAGUGAGUGUGUUUGGAGGUGGAUUGUUGGCUACACCUUGUGUUUGAGGUGAGACCGAAGCUGAACAGCGCCGGCAAUGAAUUUCCAGAAGACUCUUUUGGAAAUAUCUCAGUCUCUGGUCGCUGAACAGGUCAAGGCCUUGGGUUUCCUCUGCAGCGAUCUUCUGCAUUACAAUCUGACACAGGAGGAGCAUGCGACAAACCUCUUCAACUGUCUGACCAGACAUGGACUCUUAACUGCAGAACAUUCUCAUCUCCUGACUGAACUUCUUCUGAUCAUCGGCCAACGUGCGCUUGUCAGAACUCACCAGCUACCACAACCCACCAACCAGAUAUCUGAGUACAGGAAGCUGCUGUACAACUUCAGCCAAAGCAUCACUGAUGGUAACCUGCGCGAUAUGAAGUUCCUUUUACAUCAGAAAUUACCCGAGAACAAAUUGGAGAGGGCGACGACUCUGCAGGUCUUCAGAGAGAUGGAAAACGCCGACCUCCUCAGCAGCACAGAUUUCAGCAUGCUGAAGUCAAUAUUUGAUUCAGUGUAUCCUGCGCUGAACAAGAAGAUUGAGGACUAUAAAGCAAAACAAGCUGUUGACAGGAGACCCGUCGCCGAGGAGAACGGGCCCAAAGACAAUAUGCAUUCUGGAGCGUUGUGGAACCGAACUGGCGGUCCAGUUCUAGAUGGUCCAAAUGGAACACAAGUGGGGGACAUGGUGUGUGGAAAAGUGGAGCCACUGGCCAUUGAAGAAGAGGGAAGUGGUGCUUUCAAAGUGGUCCAUGAAGAGAUGGAGAAGUCCCGCCCUGCUCUUUCUCAGGUGUUGCCUUCUUAUCCCAUGACGUCUAAGAAGAGAGGCACCUGCAUGAUCAUCAACAAUGAGAACUUCAUGACUAUGAAAAAGAGAGAGGGGACUACGAUGGAUGAGGAGUGUGCGUUUGCUGUCUUUGAGUGGCUGAACUUUGAUGUUGAGGUUUACAGAGACUGCGACAGGAGAAGAAUUCUUUCUAUCAUCAAAGAGACGGCAGCAGAAGAUCACAGUCAGGUGGACAGUCUGGUCUGCAUGGUCUUCAGCCAUGGGGAUGAGGGUCGUGUGUUCGGGGUGGAUGGUCGGGCCGUCAUGCUCCAGGAGCUAAAAGCUCCCUUCACUGGAUCCAGAUGUCGGAGCUUGGCUGGGAAGCCCAAGAUGUUCUUCAUCCAGGCCUGUCAGGGAAAGAAGAACAAUCACCCUGUCACCAUCGAGGCAGACAGUGAUGCUGUGAAACCCCCCACCAUCCCCUCUGAAUCAGACUUCCUGCUGGCAAAGUCUACCGUCCCGACUUUCUAUUCCUACAGAAAUGUGGAGCAGGGGUCCUGGUUCAUUCAGUCGUUGUGCCAACACCUCCUCACCCUGGUGCCUAGGGAAGUCGACCUUCUGUCAGUUAUGACUAAGGUCAGUGAUGAUGUCAGCCUGAAGAGCGAUCCUUCUGGCCUGAAGAAGCAGAUGCCGAACAUCGACUCAUCUCUCAGGAGGAACGUGGUCUUUCCCAUCCCUCAAGCUCCUGCCCCAGAGCUCCCAGCUGCUGACUCCUGAAAAGCUGCUGUCCAACCCUUCUGUGUUUACCUGUGAAACCCCAGUAGAGGGUCCUUCAGUCACUUAAGUGGUGAAGGUUGAGCUCAGCCCGUCUUCAAUGUUAACACAUGGCCAUCGACAAUUGCACUUGCAUCUCAAACAGGCCCCAAACCUUCAGUGUUCCACGACAAUGGAAGUAAGAGAGAUUUCUGAAAGUGGAGCUUUCAAUAUGCUCUUAACUGAUAACCUUAUCAUAUUUUAUUACAAUGCUGUGAUGCAACAGUUCUAAGGUAACGUUACCCUGUGUUAACUCUGUAAUUUUAUUGAUAUCAUUGUCAAUAUUUUCCUGUGUAAUGAUAACCUAACAUAACAUAAUAACAUAUCACAAAUAAUAUCAAGUGAGUUAGUCUGGCAGAAAUGUGUGUAUGUUACAUUUUAUAUUGCACAUGGUUUUGUCAUUUUACAUUUCCAGUGUAAUAACAUUCAGAUGAAACAUAUGUCAUAAUGUUGUAGAAACAAGAUAUAUAUUUGACAGAAUAAAUUAUGUCUUCAUGAUUAAGAGAUAUAGCCUUUUUUUUAAGUCUGAUAUGUAUUGCAUAUUGUAACAAAAAUCAACAUUUCUUCAA